UCUUGGAUGCCAUGCAGAACGGAAUCAGGCAGCCAAGCCUCAGGUUCACCUUCUCCCUCACCCUCUGCGCUGCUCGUGUGGCACAGCAGAUCCUGAAGCCAGAGGAGCACGUGUACAUAAGGGUAAAGAGAUUCCUUCUGUCGCACUGGUAUUUGGACCUGAGGAAGGUACCGGGCUUUCUCCAGCUUUUCUACAGUUUUGAUUUUGAGUACAAAACAGCACGAGUGGAUCCUCAGAUUUCUUGGGGAAGGGCUGCGUGACAAAC